AUGCCAGCUAUUCGAGAUACCAAACCUCGAUCCCUGGUUCCCAACGUACAUUCACCACCAAUGAAAGGAUGGACUAAAGAUCAGAAGGUGCAAUUGUUCAAUCAUAUUGUAAAGAAUGGUGAGAGGAAUUGGAAUCACGCUGUUGAUGGGAAAACAGGACAUCAGUGUAUUGAUCAAUGGAAAAAAACACUUUUACCUCAAAUACAAAGAUCCCUUGGGUUCUGA